AUGAAUGGUCACGAAGGUGACCUUGCCCUUGUGCUCUCAUCGUCAUUGCUCGGUCGCGGGCGCUUUCUGCGUUCUGCCUCUCUUUCUCCCCCUCCGACAGCGGACGCAGCCGCAUUACAUCCCCUUCCCCUCCACGCGGCCGACUCGUGUCGCCGUAACCACUUUUCCGUUUUGCGACCCGUCGCCAGCGAGGUUGCUAGCGAGGACAACGACGACGACGAGACAGCGCCUUGGCACUUUCGGUCGAUCGGCUGUCUAGAACGUCCAACCCUUCCUUGCAAAGUGUUUUGCCAGUGUCAAGCCAUCUUCCCGGCCUUCCGAACGUGUUUUUUCCUCCCCUCCAUCUCCAGCGACCUCUCCAUUAGCCAGCGACUAGGUGGUCUCUUCGCGCGAAACUCUAAUGGAAGUGGCGCCACCAGCAAGUCCAAAAGCCCAAGCGACCUCUCUCCCUCCGCCUCAUAUUCCCACUCGGCAAGCAUCAGCAGUGUCCAGCUCGGCAGCAACCUCUCCCCUCCACCAUCUUCGCAGCCAUCUCCAACAAGCGAAUACGUCUCAUUCGCCCCAGGCCCGUCGUCUCCCAACGGCAGAAGCUUGGCAUAUGCGGGCGAGCCCCAGAAAGACAAACGCGGGCUGGGCUUUUUUGGGCGAAAACGAAGCGCGACUCCUUUAUUGGCUGUCGACACUGGCGAGCCCUUUGAGGGACCCCCGCGACCCGCCUAUCUCGGACGACUGAGCACGUCGUCCGAUAUUCCGCCCUCCUCAGCUUCAGCAUCAACCUCCCCUAACUCCCUCCGCCCACCUCAAAACCUCUACACAUCUUCUACCCGAAGCCUUCCCCCUCCAGUAACCACUGCUGGCGCCUCUCCUUACGCCCAUCAAACGCCCUCCCGAACGCGUGAUCGAGACCGCCAGUAUUCUCUAUCGCCUCUUGCUCCCCAAAUCAGCCCGACAAGAAGUACUGCUUCUGGUCUCACAGCCGCGUCAGGGAAGACGAGCAAAACGAGCAAGAGUACGGGCGCGAAAAGCGGCCGCAAGUUUGCGUUCUGGGCGAGGGGGAAGGACAAGGACGUCGAGCCAUUACCACCCUCACCCGCCAAACCCUCCGACUUCAAUCUUCGAGCCUUCCGACAUGUCCGCGAGGAGCCUGUAGGGAAGAAUCAGCUUACGGCGACGAAUCUGACAAGCUUGAGUCAGCAGAUCGAGCGAGAAGGACAGGCUAGCGGGCUGGGGAGUGCUUAUGAGCACGAGCAUCUACCUCCUGCCCGACCGCGACCGCGGGGAGGCAGCGAUGCCAGUGCGAGUAGCUCGCGCAUUAGCGUUGCGGCCUUCCGAGAGGUUCAGGCGAGGAGAAGCGCUGCUGGGAGUCCUGUUAUGGGCGAGAGUAGUGCGAGAGCGCCAAGUCCGGGUCCAUAUGGUCGACAGCCGCAAUCAACACAACGACCUACGCCGACUCCCGUCCAAAAGGCCGCCAAGAAGACGUCUUCUCCACCGGUCCCUUCCCCAACGACGAAGCCGAAGCCGUAUACGACUGUUCAUCAAAGGGCGCCAAAUGCGCAGGUGAAUCAGUGGGAUUCAGAUGAAGAUGAGGAGGAAUCAUCUCCAGGCGACUCCAGCGACGACCCGCGUAAACCACAGCCUUCGCGGCAGCAACAGCAGCAACAGCGCGGGCUUGGACAAGCCAGAUCGCAGUCUUCGUUGGGUGUUUAUGGGCAGAGUGGGAACACGGAAAAGAAGAUGGGUGGGAGUACCGGAAACCUCGUGGCCAGCGCGAGUGGUGGCAAUGUGACUUCCAAGCGGCUUUCGCUCACGCAAGAGCCGAGUCUUCCCGGGCAACGACCACCUCGCGGCCAACCUCCACCUUCCAUGGCCAAUAGCCGCUCAACGCAAAACAUGCGCGGACAAACACUUCCUACGCCCGCCUCCCCUCCUUCCACCAAACCAGCACCUCCACUCAAAGCAACCUCCGUUCCUAAUCCUUCCCCACACACCCGUCGGCCGACAAAUCCUGACGAUUCUGACUCAGACGAAUCCACAAGUGAAGAGUCUUCCGACGACGACGCGCCUUUGGCGACCCUUGUUGCGCCGCGCCGCCCUGGCUCGUCAUUGUCGAUGGCCUCAAACGGGAGCAACCCCAACCUGAAGCCAAAACCUCUAAUCGAUAUAAACGAGAUAACCGGCUCGCGGCCGGUCCUCGCCGGCCAGAAGAAGACGGACGACGGGUUUACUGGUGCGGGUAUGCUCGCUGUGAGCUCGAAAGCCAGCUCGAGUUCACAACUCCCGAGCCCGGUGUUAACCAGCAGGUCGCCGCCGCCACCGAGCAGCGGAAGGGGUGGAUUUGUGCAGUUCCCUAGCCCGCCGGGGUCGCCGGUUCGGGAGACACCGCCGCCGGUAACUGUCAAGGCCGUCGCUGCGCCGAGACGGAGCCCGAUUAGGAAGGAGACCGGCGGGUCUGUGGCGAGUGUCAGCUUGGGUGGGCAGGACAAACGGGAGGGGCUGGCGGACCGGUUGAAGGCUGUUUCCGCCACGAGUGCUUCAGGAUCGACUUCACAGUCGUCGUUGGCGAGCACGAGUACAAGACCGACACUUUCGCCGCCCAAUGCGGGCUCGCCGCCGAGUUCGUUCUCGAGUAUGACCGCGAGGAAGGCUUUCCAUCGGCGCUCGUCGAGCGAUAUCGUGUCUGCUUCGGGCCGCUCUCCGAAUUGGCUGGACGAUGCGGGGAGUAAGAGUGCGGAACCCGACGAUGCUUUGGGGCGGGACUUGGCUGAUAUGCUUGGUGGCGGGGGGCUGGCGUUCUUGCUGGGCGAGGAGACUGCGCCGCCGUCGCAGUCAGUCAAGAAUGUGGCGGAGAAGGACAGGGAGCAUGAAGGCGACAUUGUGCCGAUUGUGAUCAAGCAAAGGUCGCCUUUGCCGGGCUUCAGCGUUACGAGCAGGCCAGCCAACCGCUCGGUGGAUUUGGGGUCUGCGUCUGCAACGGGAGGAAGGCAGAGGAGCAGCACUUUGAUUCCCUCGACUUCGACUUCUGCGACUGCUUCUUCGACAGCCAACUCGACAAAUACUUUGACUUCGAGCAGCUCGACAAACGCGUUACCAAAGUCUACUCCAGCUGGGAACGCGAGGCAACGGAGCAGCACGCUUAUGACCACGCCCGCGACGACCUCAAAUCCCCGUUCCGCCCCUCCGACUUCUACUUCCUUCCCUCGCCAAACCCCCUCCCAACCAAUCCCUUCUUCACGAUCAUCACCACCUAUCAUUGCACAACCGACUCCUUCACCCUCACCACCCUCCCUGCUUGGCCGACCACCACAACGGCCUUUUGCGGGCAACGGCGGUAUACGCGGCAACUCACCCGCAAGCUCGACAGGCACAAACGGCACGGGCAACUCGAGCAGAAGCAGCGGCGCCCUUGGCCCGCUUACACCGAGAGACGGGAGCGAGGUUGGUAGCGCGAUGAGCAGCGGGAACAGCGGGAGCGGGAGCGCGCCAUAUACCGCCCGGGGGACAAGAACGAACCAGAAGGAGGAGAAAGUGAGGGACGACUGGAGCGGGGGCGCGAGCGGGCUGUUGCCGGCGCAUGUGCAGAAGGCGAAGCAAAGGAGGAGCGUCAGCUUUGACUUUGACGAGAGCAAUGUUGUCGUGCUGAAUGACGAGGAGCGGAGGAAGGAGAGGAGAAGAAGCGAGGCGAAAGCUGCGAUUGAGCUGGGGAAUAUCGUUAAUGGCCCCGGGCCUGUGCCGGACGACGACGAAGAGGACGACUUGCCGAUUAACCAGAUCCGCAACGCCAACCCGAUGAUGCAGCAAAUGCAGAUGCCGAUGGGAAUGCAAAUGCAAAUGCCCAUGGGAGGCUGGCCGCAAAUGCAGAUGCCCAUGCAAAUGCCUAUGCAAAUGCCUAUGCAAAUGCAGAUGCCAAUGCAGGUCCCCAUGAUGCCCAACGCCGGCCAGUUCAUGAUGCCCCCGCCGUCCGACCCGAGCAUGAUGGCGGCCCACCAACAAGCGAUGCUAUAUGCGAAGCAGGCGUACCAAAUGGCGGUUGCGCAACAGGCCAUGGCGGCCGCGGGCGAGGAGUGGGAGCGCGGGUCGACUAUGACGGGGAUGCGGGGCAGCGUUUAUGCGGGCAGCCAAAUCGGGGGUGCUGGUGGGGGCGGAGCUGGUGGAGGAGGAGGCGGACUGUCUCCGUUUGGCAUGGGCCUGGCGAUGCUCAACGCACAGAACGGGCAGGGCCAGAUGUUCCCCUCUGGCGCGAGAAGUCUCGUGGGCGGCGGGGCAAGGAGCGACUAUGGCGGGAUGGGUGGUGGCGGGGGCGGUAACUGGAACUCGUCGCGGAGCGUUUAUGGAGAAGCUUUCGGGCCGUCGACGGAGCGGUAUCAGCAGACCCCGACGUCGUCAAGGUCGAUGAGCAGCGGGAAUCUCGCGGGGAUGGCGAAGACGCCGGGUCAGUCGCAGUCGCCGGCCGGCGCGGGCCGGGAGUCGGGCUACUUCGCCGGCGCGUUACCGGCGUCGAAUUCGCGGCCGGGCCUGAGCGCGGCGAGGCAACGGACAGCGAGCAGCCCGUCGAAACCUGGCGGGGCUGUGGGCGGACAACGGAGAGGGGGCCCGCCGUCAAGCUGGCGCGCGGGAAUGUGA